UUAGCAAGAAUAGAUAGAAAGAGCGAAAGAAAAAAAAGCAUCAAAUUGUAGAAAAAAAUGAAAUGCAAAUAAAAAAAAAGAUCAGAGAGUGAGACAACGUUUAAUCGUCGCCGUGCACGGAUCGUAACGAGUCGAAGCAGAAUUCAAAAAUUCUCAACCGUUGAGUUGUUCAUAGUCGCGCGCAUUUUUUUUGCUCUUCUUUUGAAAUCAUUCAAAGCCGUAGUGUACGUAUUCAGCAAAAUUACACGGAUCGAACAAUAUUUUGUAAGCGAAUAAGAGUGAGAGUGUUUGCGUGUGUGGUGCAACUGUUUGUUUGAAAUUUACGAUUAUUCGUUGUUCAUACAGACGAACCAAACUGGCUAGACGAACCGAAGUGAUGUGCGCUUUUUUUCAGUUACGCAUAAGUGAUAACGUGUUUGUGUUGAUGAGAAAAGAUAUAAGUCGCAUGUGAAAACAUCCUUCAAAAUAUAUAUAUAUAUAUCGAGAAACAGUAGUCGUCUGAAGUGACAAAUUUACAGUCAACCAAGAGAGGGAGACGAAGCAUAGAAAAUUUUUCAAGUUAAUUUGUGCCGUCGCCGAAAUCAUCACACAUACACCAUUUUGCCAUUGCCAAUUGAGUAUCCAAAGACAGCAUUGCGUCGUCUGCUCCGUGUGUAAUGACGAUGGAAUGAAAAAGACAACAACAACAACAACGAUCGAACCGAAAAAACAACAGCAAGAACUUCAAAAUUAGACGUAAAGUCGUAAAAUGUGUCACCAUUGAGACUCAAGCGAAACGAAACACUUGGUUGCAAUAGCCAAAAAUAUCAUAGAUCAAGAUCAAAGGGUUCGUUUCAUAAAUAUUAAUUUAUCCAAGGACCGGAGAACGAGAACAAAAAAAAACUAAACAAAAGUUAUCCAUGUAAGCGAAUUCUUAUUUUUUUUUUCGAUGAACGUGCAUCGUGUGAUUGCAAUGGCACUUGAUUCCACCGUACAUCCGAUGAGUGCAUAUAGAUUUUCACCCCACCAGUUGUAGUCAAUGAACUUACUUCGAUGACAAGCCAUAUCAAUUUCAAUCCGCACAGCGAAUGAAACAAGUAGAUGAGAGAAGAAAAAAACACAACGAAUAAAGUAACACAAAGUGGAAAAAGUUUUUUGUUCAAUUUUUCAAACCAGUGAUGACUUUCGUUCGCUAAAUUCAGUUGAAAUCAAAUGAAGGAAAAACCGAAUUAGAGUAACAAAAAAAAAGUGUGUAUUUCUGUGAAAGCUAAACCCAAAAAAAAACAUAAAACAAAAAAAAAACGAGGAAGAAACAUUGAAGACAACGCGAAAUACGGAGAAAAAAGAGAAUUAAGUGAAACGAAAAAUAAACAAUUGUGAUUGAAAUGAUGACUUUUCCGUUACGAUAAAGGACGAUACGGCAUUGAAUAAACGAGUAAGACAAGAGAAAAGCUAACAAAACAAUUAUUUCGUAUCAACUUGAAAGUUAAGCUAUCGACAAAAAGACGGAGAGAAAACAACAACCGCAAACUUCGGGAAAGUUGCCCAGCGACAGCGAGAUAUAUAAAACGAGAUAGGGAAACCAUGGAAGUUUGGACGCGUUGGAAGAACAAACAACGUUGCAACAAUAUAAUCGUUGCACUGCUCAUAAUUACACUCAUUGCACACAAUGGAAAUGAGGUGCAUGGUGUACUGCAAGGCGUACCAACAUGGAUAUGCCUUGGUUUGAAGUCGCCGUUCAUUGAGUUUAAGCCGCAUCACAUUGAGGUGCUAUCAAAUCUGAGCAUUUCAUUGAACACAACCGAUCCGAGCUUUGGUAAUAAUAUGAUGAGCGGCAAUUCAUUUAGCUAUGCAUUCGAAGCGGCGGGUAAUGAUACGAUUCAGAAGCAAUAUUUGGAAAUGGUGAAAAAGCAACAGAAAUGGAUGAUCACAUCGUCAUCGACGGAAAAUCCAGUCGUAAUGGCUGCGAUGAAUAACAAAAAAGAGGUCACUUUAAUCGAAACGAAAGAUGAUUUGGAUGGAAAACGAUCGAUCGAUCAUAUCGAUCGAAAGUACAUAAUCCCGUUGGCAUUGAAAGUGGCCACAUCAACAUCAUCAACUAGUACAACAACGACGACAACUACACGAAAACCACCCGUUUUGCCGGACACUUCGCCAAAUAUUGACGAUUUAAAAAGGCACAUCCUUAUGUUGCAGAAUUUAACGAAAAACGAUGAAAAUUUCCAGAGUAAAUUUGUUGUAUUCCCAAGUUUGCAACGAACAUCGGACGCUCUACCAUUGUCGACAACACCAAGCACAACGACUAGUACGAGUUUUACAACAAUUUAUCCAAUACAAUCGUCAUCGGAACAGAUGCCAACCACGGUGAGAACCACAACAACGAUGCGUACCACAACGAAACGUGCAACAAUGACAACGAAGCGGCGACCAUCAUUGAACGUGCCGAAACAAACGUGGCCGAUAACAUCGAAAGAGGAAUCACAAAAAGCGGAAAAAAUCACAAUCGUACCACAAGUGUUUCUGCAAAAUGAUCAAACACCAAUGAAUGACGAUAGUUUUGAGCGGCCACCACUUGACGAUGCAAUCAAUUACCAAAGACAAUCGAAUUCACCGCAAAAAUUUAGCUACAACGAUCCAAAGCCAACAUUCCUGUCGUCAUCCACCAAACGAAAUCAAUAUGCAAGCGUAUCGACCGAACAAAAGCAGAAACAGAAACAGCAGCUUCAGCAGCAGCAGCAGCAGCAUCAACCAAAGAAAAAUGCCAACGCAAACCGAAAUAAGGAGAAGCAAUUAAGACGUGAAAUGCGGAAAAAAUGCAAAGAAGCUCCAUUGGACCAGAAACAAAACUGCACAAAAGCAUUUCAGAUUAGUUUUAAUUUGACAUCGGCAGCAGCUGUGGCCGCCAUCCGAAAUACCAAAACGGACAAAAAUGGCGAACACCAAUCGAUCAACAGUAACAGCAACCACGGCAGCAGCAGCAGCAGCAGUAACACCGAAAUCAGAUCGAAUUCAGGCUCGUCGCGGCUCAAAGCGAACUAUGUACCACCGUACAGAAGUAUCCAGCCACCACCACCACCAUCAUCAUCAUCACAUUCGGUCAACACAAAUAAACGGCCCGAUCGAUUUGAUAGCGAAGGUGGUCAAGAGGAUGACGAUGCAUUGAAGCAAUCAAUUUUACAGCGUACGAUUCGUAGCCAUCGUCGCCACCAGAGACGUAAUGCGUCAGCAGUGAUUAAUACGAUGUCACGUCGUGACUAUCCUUAUUCGAUUGGAACGCCGAUUACAACCAUAAACGAAACAGUAAGUGCUGAUGUUGCGGCGGCCUCGUACAAAGAAAAAAUCGAUUUGAAUCCUGAUUUAUGCUAUAAAAUCACCGGAUUAAGUUACGGUCAACAGAAAUUAUGUGCAUCAAAUACACAAAUUAUGCCGGCGAUAAGUCGCGGUGCCCGGGCUGCCAUUCAGGAAUGCAAACAUCAGUUCAAAAAUCGACGCUGGAAUUGUAGCACAAUCGACGACAACACGGUGUUUGGACCAAUUAGCGGAUUAGGUUCACCCGAAAUGGCAUUUGUGCAUGCAAUGGCCGCUGCAGCAGCUGCUUCGUUUGUAGCACGUGCUUGUCGCGAUGGUCAACUCUCAACAUGUGGUUGUUCGCGCAGUUCACGACCACGUCAAUUGCACAGCGAUUGGACAUGGGGCGGUUGCGGUGACGAUCUCCAAUUUGGUUACAAAUUUUCGCAGCAAUUCAUCGAUAUUCGAGAAAAUGAACGGAAACGUUCACAACGUGGAGUUGUUUCAGUACCACCGAAAUACACAAAGCUCGACGACGAGAAAGUUACACACAAUGAAACAAACAGCAACAGCACCAAUGGAUCAACACCAAUCAUCCCACGACCUGAUAAUACUCCAACUGGAUUUAAACCGGAGCAUUUGCUCGAAUUACAAGAGAAAAUCACAAAGGAAAUCUUGAGCACUAAACUCGGCGAAAAUGAAAUGCACGAACUACAGGCAAAAAUCAACCAUGAAAUACUAAAUUCAAAGGUAUUCAAUCUCGAGAAUCAAGGAUAUUAUGGGAAUUUCAAAAAGAAUCAACGCGGUGGCUCAACUCCGUCCCGAAAUCGCUAUAAGAGCAGCGCAUCGGCAAAAGCUCGCAGCAAAAUGAACAUUCAUAACAACGAGGCUGGUCGACGGGCAAUGAUAAACAAGUCUCGUAUCACUUGUAAAUGCCAUGGUGUAUCUGGUUCGUGCAGUUUAAUAACAUGCUGGCAACAAUUAACAUCGAUUCGUGAAAUCGGUGAUUACUUGCGUGAAAAAUACGACGAAGCCACCCAAGUGAAACUGAAUAAGCGUGGAUUUUUGCAAGUGAAAGAUAGCCGUUACAAAAUUCCCACCGCCAAUGAUUUGGUGUAUUUGGAUGAGAGUCCAGAUUGGUGUCGCAACACGAAACAGCUCCAAUGGCCAGGAACGCAUAAUCGAGUAUGCAACAAGACGUCAUCUGGUUUGGAUGGUUGUGCAAUACUUUGCUGCGGUCGUGGUUACAAUACGAAGAAAAUUGUGGUGAAAGAGCGAUGCAAUUGCAAAUUCCAUUGGUGUUGUCACGUCAAAUGCGAAACAUGCACACGAGUAAUUGAAGAGCACACAUGUAAAUAAAAUCGGAAUCGUCAGAAGUGAGAGUGAGAGGGUGAACGAAGAAAAAGAAGCCGAACAUUUUCGAGAAUAAACAGCGUAAAACAGUGAAUCGAAGAAAGAAAUAAAUGAAAAGCAUCCUAACAUCCAAAUCAAUUGGUCGAAGGAAUUUCAAGUAAACGUGAUAACAAAAAGACGGAAAAUGAACGGAAAAAAUUAAUAUAAUUUAUUAUUAUCGAUGAACGGUCGAAUAAAUGUGUUCAACAAUAAUAAUAUAUGUUUCGGGAAUAAGAAUAUGCAUGAUACUGAUUAUGUGAAGCUUUCUUUUUUUAGAUGUUUGUUCCUUGCCAUACAAAUAGAAUGCGCACAAUAUAUUAGAUGCUAAGAGACAAUGACAGCAUAUUUAGUAUCUAACUCGUAUGAAUCACUUUAUCGACGCUAGCUUCUACUAAACAAGACUUUUCUUCAAAAAAAAAACAUAAAACAAUACAUAACAAGGCAUUUCUUCUUUACUUAAGUCAAGCGAUAAAUGUUUGAAUCUAGAAAAUCCCGUUCGAAAUGGCCACAUUUUUUGUACACAUACCCCAAGCUCGAAAUAAAAACCAACAUCGUAUUUCACAUCAAUUUCUUCUCACAUUUUUCCAUGUUCUAUUAUUAAAUUAUUCAUUGUAGUUUUUAUAAAUAUCGCCAUCCAUCGACUAAAAUUAAUUUAUACACACACACACACACACACACACACACAAUUGUAUUGAUUUAAGACGAAAAAAUGCAUUAAAUUAUUGCUAACUCACACCCACACAACUUAUCCACGUGAAUAAUAAUAAAUUCUUGCAGUAAUUUCGAUGUUUUAAUAUAACUUAUAUUGUAUUUGUAUUUUGGUGUGACAAAAGAAUCAAAUAAAUUCUAUCAACUAUUUAAACAACAACAUCGCAUCAAAACUUUGACAGUUCCAAAACCGAACAGAAAAAGCCGACACAAAUUUUAUUAUUGAAUAAAAAGUGAAUGUUUGUUAUUCAAGUCAUUGUCAUUCAGCCCGUAAGUUUUAAGAACAUUUUUAGCUUUUAUUUAUAUUAGAUUGUACUUCGUAUUGAAAUUAAAGUUUUAAAUAUAUGAUCCAAA